AUGUCAACGAGAACUUCGCACUUCACUGAGAGUCUUGUUUCUUACGAAAAAGAGAAAGAUAGAGUCUCCAAAAAUCUUGAAGCGAUUGGCUUUCGCAAGUCUGAUAUCUCAAAGAUGAUCGACAGUGAGUUACAAUUCUACAUUACGAAGCUCGUGAAUUUCGAGAAAAACCAAUACGAGCAGACACAGACUAUCGCUAGUAUGACGAAGACCAUUGGCGAUUUAGAAAAUCAGGUGGACACUCAACGGCUAACGAUUGCUUCCUUCGAAGAGAACAUUGAAGUGAUGACGACUGAGAACGAAUAUCAACAAUCAAAGAUCACGCAGUUAGAGGAGAAAAAUGAGAAACUGACUGAAGAAGCGAUUAAUCUCCAAUAUUCGAAGAAACCAAAUAACGUUGCGAUCUGUGUUCCUCAGGAAGAGAUUGGGCUGAUCGCGGCAGGAGCUCUCGAUGAUCAGAAAGACGAGCUUGAGACUGAAAAACCAUCCAAGAUGUCCAACAAGUUGAUGCUGUGCCUAAAAAGCUGCUUUAGAAACCGUGACUUCCACGGUCUCAAAUAUUCAAUUAUCUGUCUUGUUCUUGCUCUUUCACUGAUCGUGUCCCUGAUUGUUUUCAUAGUUCUUUUGAGCAUUUUAUAUCAAAAGGUAGAUUAUUUAACUUUCAGAAUUGAUAACAUAAGGUCGGCGUAA